AUGUCACUCCAGGUCGGCGACCCACGGUCGCGUGGUCGUUCCAAGUCUCCGAGCGGGCGUAUCCGCGAGCGUUCCAGAUCUCGCGACCCCCAGGCCUCCCCCGCCGUCGAGGCCACCCGACAAGCAACACGGUCGUACCUGGUUGCCGAACACGCGGACAAGUAUGGUCGCUCGCGGUCCAGAAGCAGAGGCGCCAGUUCACGUCGCACCUAUCGCGACGACAACCUGUCUGCCUCCGAUUCGGACCACGAGCCCCGGCGGGACGGCCGCUACCUGCGCACCGUCGAGCCCCAGGACGAUCGCUACUACCUGUCCGACUCUGGGGCGAGAAAAUCGACCCGAGAUCCUCGUGAACGCCGGUCGGCUGACCUCCGCACGCCCAACCUCCGUCCCGCGCGAUACGAUAUUCCAUCCGACGACUCCUUGUCGGCGUCCGAGGAUGAGGCGCUGGCGUACGGGGAUGUACCCAGCGACCUAGAGCGCGGGUACUACGGGUACAAAGCCUCGCCGCGCUCCUCGUCCUCGCGCAUCGACAGCUCGAACCCGGUCAUGUCGGGCGCUUACAAUGGCGCCCCUGGGAGUCAUCCCAGCAAUGCCCGUCCAGAGGGGCCCAAGUAUGCCACCCCUUCGCAGUAUCUGCACCAGCCCAACUAUACCGGUCCGCCCACGUCGGCGGCACACUCGUCAGCCUGGGCGCCCAUUCCGGAGUGUGAGCGACCGGGCUUCGUGCCUCCGUCCUCCCAGGCAGAGGGUCAAUCGGCCAUGCCGGGUGCGUUUCCUUCGACCCAUCCCGAGGCGAUGCCCGUCUCUGGAGCGCCAGUGUACCCUGGGUCGCAGUAUGUGACGGCAGACGGGCAACCUGGUGCGUAUGCUGUCUGGGAUGGAAGACAGUAUGUACCGACAAGCGGCGCCUACGUUCCACCCGUGACCCUGGCAUCCGCCCACCAGCGGACGGUGUCGAGCGACGCCUCGGGGCAUAUUGCCUAUGCCAACCCCCCUGCGUUCCAGUAUGCGCAAGUCGACCCGAAAGUGAAGUAUGCGUCGAAGCCCUCGACGAAGCCUUCCUACUCUGCGACGCCCGUGCACUCGAGGACGGCCUCUGAGCCCCAGGCACAGUAUCCCAAUAUCAAAUAUUCGGCCGCUCCGCAGUUCUCCGCCAAGCCAGCUUCGACUCGUUCGCAUGACCCCGGCCCGCAGUAUGUUGAAAUCACUCCCGGAGGCCGGUCGGGGCGGCCGCACAGCAUGUCGGUGUCGUCGGCCAACAAUCUCUCGGUCGAAGCGCCGGACCCAAGCUUCCGCCCGGUCAGUCCUAUGCUGGAGCCCUAUAAGGGCACGUACCAGAGCAUCUCACCGAUGCCUUCUCCUAUCGUCGGUCCUUCGAGGCUGGACGAGGAUCUGUCGGACCUGGAGCCCCUGGACGCCAGCUCCGAUGAGGCGCACAGGAAACAUCGACGGAAGAAGACAAAGGACGACAAGGAUCGCAAGGAGAAAAAGAGCGACCGAAGCAAGCGGGACUCGAGUCGGGUGCGACACGAGCGACACAGCUCCUCGUCAUCACUGUCGCAGGUCCCCGGGCCAGAGUCCCUGAUGGUGAUCGCGCCUGGCAGCGCGCGAAAACGGGUGUCCUUCUACGAUCCGACGCCCGAUGCGACGGCCAUGCAGGAAGCGCUGUCGCACAGCCGCAGCGUCGACAACAAAGCGCUCAUCCGCGUGCUGCCCCACCUGACCAGCGACGAGAUCCUGGACCUCCGCAAGGAGUACAAGAAUCACGUGAAGCUGCGCGGGAAGGGCAUCAACCUGGCCAAGCAUAUCCGCGUGAAGUUGGGCAACAACCCCUUUGGCAAGGUGUGCUACGCUACCGCGCUGGGCCGCUGGGAGUCCGAGGCCUUUUGGGCCAACUGCUACUACCAGUCGAGCACGUCCCGGCGGGAGCUGCUGAUCGAGUCGCUCUUCGGCCGCACCAGCGAGGAGAUCCGCGAGAUCAAGGCGUGCUUCCGCGACUCGCGGUACAUGGACAGUCUGGAGAAGUGCAUGAAGGCCGAGCUCAAGGCGGACAAGUUCCGCACCGCCGUGCUGCUGGCGCUGGAGGAGACCCGGCCCAGCGAGCGCGAUCCGAUCAACGAGGAGCUCGUGCAACGGGAUGUGGUUGAGCUGCAUCGCGCGUUGGUGUCCCGGCACGGAGGCGAGACUGCCAUGAUUUGCAUCAUCGUGCGUCGCAGCGAUGCGCAUCUGCGGGAGGUGCUCCGCACGUAUGAGAAAAUCUACCAGCAAAACUUUGCGCGGGCCAUGAUCGCCAAGUCGCAGAACCUAGUGGGUGAAACACUGGCGCACAUUCUGAACGGCGUGAUCAACCGGCCAAUGCGCGACGCGCUGCUUCUCCACCAGGCGCUCCGCGAGUCCAAGAGCGGCAAGGAACGAUCAGAGCUGCUGAUUUCCCGGCUCGUGCGAUUCCACUGGGAACCGCGUCAUCUGGAACAGGUGAAGGUCGAGUUCCGACGACGGUACAAGCAGCGGCUAGAGGAGGCGAUUGCCGAGGAGAUUCUCCCGAUUCCUGGCGGAAGCGAAUGGGGAGAGUUUUGUAUUGAGUUGGCGCAGAGCUCCAAGACGCUUGCCGGGAAGGCUUAA